AUGCCUUGUGCUAGUGGUGCUGAUGUGAGUGGUGCUGAUGUGAGUGGUGCUGGUGUGAGUGGUGCUGGUGUGAGUGGUGCUGAUGUGAGUGGUGCUGGUGUGAGUGGUGCUGAUGUGAGUGGUGCUGAUGUGAGUGGUGCUGAUGUGAGUGGUGCUGGUGUGAGUGGUGCUGGUGUGAGUGGUGCUGGUGUGAGUGGUGCUGGUGUGAGUGGUGCUGAUGUGAGUGGUGCUGAUUGGUGCUGUGUGAGUGGUGCUGAUGUGAGUGGUGCUGAUGUGAGUGGUGCUGAUGUGAGUGGUGCUGAUGUGAGUGGUGCUGAUGUGAGUGGUGCUGAUGUGAGUGGUGCUGAUGUGAGUGGUGCUGGUGUGAGUGGUGCUGGUGUGAGUGGUGCUGAUGUGAGUGGUGCUGGUGUGAGUGGUGCUGGUGUGAGUGGUGCUGAUGUGAGUGGUGCUGGUGUGAGUGGUGCUGGUGUGAGUGGUGCUGGUGUGAGUGGUGCUGAUGUGAGUGGUGCUGAUGUGAGUGGUGCUGAUGUGAGUGGUGCUGAUGUGAGUGGUGCUGAUUGGUGCUGUGUGAGUGGUGCUGAUGUGAGUGGUGCUGAUGUGAGUGGUGCUGGUGUGAGUGGUGCUGGUGUGAGUGGUGCUGGUGUGAGUGGUGCUGAUGUGAGUGGUGCUGAUGUGAGUGGUGCUGAUGUGAGUGGUGCUGAUGUGAGUGGUGCUGGUGUGAGUGGUGCUGGUGUGAGUGGUGCUGGUGUGAGUGGUGCUGAUGUGAGUGGUGCUGAUGUGAGUGGUGCUGAUGUGAGUGGUGCUGAUGUGAGUGGUGCUGAUGUGAGUGGUGCUGGUGUGAGUGGUGCUGGUGUGAGUGGUGCUGAUGUGAGUGGUGCUGAUGUGAGUGGUGCUGAUGUGAGUGGUGCUGAUGUGAGUGGUGCUGAUGUGAGUGGUGCUGAUGUGAGUGGUGCUGAUGUGAGUGGUGCUGAUGUGAGUGGUGCUGAUGUGAGUGGUGCUGGUGUGAGUGGUGCUGAUGUGAGUGGUGCUGAUGUGAGUGGUGCUGAUGUGAGUGGUGCUGAUGUGAGUGGUGCUGAUGUGAGUGGUGCUGGUGUGAGUGGUGCUGGUGUGAGUGGUGCUGGUGUGAGUGGUGCUGAUGUGAGUGGUGCUGAUGUGAGUGGUGCUGAUGUGAGUGGUGCUGAUGUGAGUGGUGCUGAUGUGAGUGGUGCUGAUGUGAGUGGUGCUGAUGUGAGUGGUGCUGAUGUGAGUGGUGCUGAUGUGAGUGGUGCUGGUGUGAGUGGUGCUGGUGUGAGUGGUGCUGAUGUGAGUGGUGCUGAUGUGAGUGGUGCUGAUGUGAGUGGUGCUGAUGUGAGUGGUGCUGGUGUGAGUGGUGCUGAUGUGAGUGGUGCUGGUGUGAGUGGUGCUGAUGUGAGUGGUGCUGGUGUGAGUGGUGCUGGUGUGAGUGGUGCUGAUGUGAGUGGUGCUGAUGUGAGUGGUGCUGGUGUGAGUGGUGCUGAUGUGAGUGGUGCUGAUGUGAGUGGUGCUGAUGUGAGUGGUGCUGAUGUGAGUGGUGCUGGUGUGAGUGGUGCUGAUGUGAGUGGUGCUGGUGUGAGUGGUGCUGGUGUGAGUGGUGCUGAUGUGAGUGGUGCUGAUGUGAGUGGUGCUGAUGUGAGUGGUGCUGAUGUGAGUGGUGCUGAUGUGAGUGGUGCUGAUGUGAGUGGUGCUGAUGUGAGUGGUGCUGAUGUGAGUGGUGCUGAUCAUGCUAAAUGGGUGCCGGCAUGGGAAACAAGGGUCUAA